UAUUACUCUAUUACUUGCUGUGGAAGUUCAGUAAGGCUGAUGCAGACAUAAGCCUUCUCAUGAAGCCAACACCAAACAGACUUCACUUCAAAGAUAAAGUCGUCUGGAUUACUGGAGCAUCAUCAGGCAUUGGUGAAGCUUUGGCAAGGAUGAUGGCUUAACAGGGAGCUCGACUCAUUAUUUCAUCAAGAAACAAAGAACAGCUUGAGGACAUCCAAAAGUCAAUGAACUAUGGACACAAUGUGAAAGUGUUGGUUCUUGAUUUAUCAAACAUGCCAAAUGCACCAGGAUUGGUGAGGCAGGCAUUGGACAUGUAUGGACACAUCGACAUGUUGGUGAACAAUGCAGGCAUAUCCUGCCGGGGUCCAGUAGAAGAAGUGACCGACGACUUGCUGAAAAAGAUAGUGGAGGUUGACUUCUUUGGUCAGGUGGCACUCACACAGGCAGUUUUACCAGAUAUGCUGGAGUGUAGGUGUGGUCAGAUUGUGAACGUUGUCUAUGUUCUUGGGAAAUUUGGUUAUCUAUUGAGGGCACCUUAUUCAGCUGCCAAAUUUGCUUUGAAUGGAUAUAUGUCUACUCUUCGACUUGAGAUGUCCAGCAAGGGCAUUUCAGUGUGUAACAUAAUGCCUGGUCAUGUUAUCACAAAUGUCAGUAAGAAUUCUCUUCUUGCCGAUGGCAAAGCAUUUGGAAAGACAGACAAACUUAUUGCAACCGGAAUGAAGGCGAAGAGGUGUGCCGAGCUGAUCAUCAAGGCAAUGGCAUCUAAUGUGCAAGAGGCUUGGAUAAGCACACAGCCAACUCUCACAGUCACGUAUGCAUGACAGUAUGCACCCAGUUUGCUUAAUUGGAUAAUAACAGAUAAACGCGUGAAAGCACGACGAAGUGAUUUGAAGGCCGAGUUACAGCGAUCAGAAACCGCAUCUUAACAAUUGUUGUAGCAUCAGAUCGACCAGAAAAUUUUUUUGCCUCAAGUUCUUACACCUGCAAUUGAUUUCAUAUUGUAGAUAAGUUACAUACUGAACAAACGCAUAUAAUGUCUCUAUUUGAUUUUUAGUGCUAAUGUUUAGAAGACCACAAUUUGUGAGUAUGGCUAUGAUCUACUUGGUGUCUGUUUGAGAAUUACAGACAUCCCGGUCUUUGUUGUGCGUGAGGUUUGCCGUGUAGCUGCUCAUAGACGAUCUGAUUUUGCUAAUUGCUAUUACUUGGGAGUUGUUGAGGUGGACUGGGCAACAAUGGCUAACACUGACAUUCCAUUUGGAAUAAGAAAGGUGAUCAAGAGCCCACACUCUACAAGUUGUAUGCUGAAAGUGAUAGAGCGUACUGUUGGGAGCUCUCAAACACGACUAGCUGAUUGAAUGAGACAUUUGGGAAUCGAUCAGAUUCUAUUAAUUAAUCAAUUGUAGCUAAAACAUUUUUACAUUCCAAGUUGCUUACCUAUCACUAAUUAGCUGUUUAGCUUUGUAUCAGUAUAGGUCAAAGUAUUCUGCAUCCUUGGAUUACAAGAUGUUUGCAAUAACUAAACCUUUUGCAUUUUAUAUUUUGUUUGAAUCUAAAAUUAUUUAAUUAAUUAAUUAAUGCUGACACCAGUCGAUCAUGUGACUGUAUUGUGGCUCUUCUAGCUUUGCUUGUAUUUGAUAGUGUGACUGUUUUGUUUUAAUUAUUGUAAUUUAUUCUAAACUG